AUGUCUUUGAAGGACCAAUUAGCUCAAGUGGCCGCUAACAAUGCUACUGUUGCUCUGGAUAGAAAGAAGAGACAGAAACUGCAUUCUGCGUCCUUGAUCUAUAACCCAAAAACCGCAGCUACUCAAGACUUCGACUUCAUUUAUGAAAAUGCCGUGAACUCUCUCCAGGAGCUUGAAGAGCUUGAUAGCCGCUUCAGGGUCUUCAGGAAGUCGCUGUUUGGCGCUUCCUCUGCUUCGAUUGACAGAAAUGUUCAAACCAAAGAGCAGGUCCGGGACUUGGACAAUGCUGUAGACUUGUUCCUGAUGCUGGUUUCGUCUAAGUGGCACUUAACGCCAGCUUUGCAUGCAACUGAAUGGCUGGUUCGCCGUUUCCAGAUCCAUGUGCACAAUGCGGAAUGUUUGUUGCUCUCGACUAUCGAUUACUACCAGUCACCCAUAUUCAAGAGGAUUCUGAAUAUUGUGAAGCUCCCACCGCUAUUUCAUCCUCUGAGUAAUUUUGUGAGAACAGAGCAAUCGCCCUCCAGUCUCACCAUUAUAAAGUUGUUCAACGAUAUGGAUUUCUUGCAGCUUUACACCCAGUACUUGAGCAAGGUUAUCAAACAGAGAGUGACAUACACGAACCAACUGCUGUUCACAACAUGCUCUUUUAUAAAUCUGAUUGCAUACAAGGCCAGCGACGGAGAGGCACUCAACAGCCUCGUUCCCAUUAUGCUUGAAAUGUCAGCCAAGCUUUUGGGCUCUAACUCCGUCGAUUGCCAAAUUGCGGCCCACACCAUAUUGGUUGUUUUUGGAUCCGCACUACCUCUGAAGAAAGAGAUCGUGCUUGCUGCUACAGAAACUAUUUUGGCCAACUUGACUGACGAGAAAGCUAAGAAGUCAGCAUUGAUUUCCGUGGGAAAGUUGUUUCAAACUCUAAAAGGCCAUGGAAAUGUUGACCAGUUGCCGGCAAAUCUCUACAAAGCUUUCAACGCCAGAUUCACCUUGGAAUACCUUGCUGAAUAUUUGUCAGGUUCUGAUAAAAUAGUGAUGGACAAGUUUGUUACUUCAUACAUUCGCUCAAUAUUACGGUACGAUCACGAUAAAUUAGACAAACUUGUACCCUUGCUGAAGAAAGUCGAGCUUGAAAGCUUUGAACUCAAACUCAUUGUCAUUGAUUUGAUCCAUCUUUCUGAGGUAUUCCAAGACAAAACUUUACUGGUUGGCAUCUUCGAAUAUUUUAUUGCGGUUGAUGAAGAUCGUGUCGUUAAGUGUCUGAAGUCUCUGAACUUGAGCCCUGACCUAUUUGAGCUGAGAUUGACUACUUCGUUAUUCACAGCUAAAGAGGACACUAAUAACACGUUGAAGGACUUAGAGUCUUCAAAAGUUUUGGGCCUUAAUUCAAACGUGGAGCCUUUCAGAGAGUUUCUUAACAAAAACUCGCAAUACAUCAUUACCAAAAAUACGUCUAUCAUGGUGGAAGACGACGAAAAAUUUGGGAAGCUUCUCUCUCUCUUUGUUGAGGCUGUUGCAAAGAAGUACCAGCCUGGUCUGUUUUUGUCAUCUUUUUUCACCACCGUUGAAAGCCGGUUGACAUUCCUCUUGAGAGUUAUCAUCUCGCCUGCGUGUCCAACAGCCCUUCGUUUGGCAUCACUCUCGAACCUCUCUAAGCUGGUUAACCAGAUUGGCCAAGACUCAAAUCUGUUCAGCUUGAUUCCUGUUUUAGUUGUGGCUCUGCAUGACACAUCUAAAAAUAUCAGAAUUGCUGUCAAGAAGAUCAUGACUCAAAUUGCCAAGAGACCUUUCACUAAACAAUACUUCUUGGCCAACAAAUUGUAUGGCGACGUGGACAUCCCUAUGGUCAGCCCCAAAGAUGCUGAAAACUGGCUGAAAAGGUUUUUAGAUGAAUACAUGGUUGAGAAUUACGAAAUAUCUAAUCUUGUGAUUCCGGAAAAGCUCAGAAAAGUAUUUAUGAUUUUUUGGGCUAAUCAGGCCGUUCAUAUGCCUCUUCCUUACGCGAAAACAAUUUUUAUUCGGUUGGUGACUGGUAACAGUUCUUAUAAUGCAUCCUUCUCCCUUCUCUUUGAGCAACUUGUCAAAAGAUACUUACAGCAAAGAAAUGCAUGGGAGACCAAAUGCAUCGCUAACAAAACCAACUUUGAAGCAUUUGAGAAGGCUGUUGUCUCUAUAAUCUCAUCAAAGGAGAAAAACCCCGCUAUCAUGGAAUUCAUAGAAAACUCUUUGAAAUCCAAUUAUGAGCAGCUUUCGAGGCUGGUAUCCGAGCGCCUCCUGCAGGUGUUUUCUACCCUCAAACUUACUCAGCAGCAACAUAUUGUUAAAAGCGUUAUCGACUCCACGGCCGAAGGCGAUCUCUACUAUGACUCUGUUGGGCUUUUACAGUCUCUUCCCUUGGGCACAGAAGUAUUUGUUUACCUUCUUGCUCUUUACCGUAUCAACGAUGAUCAAGAUGGUGGCGAUUUUGCGAAAAGAAGAAGACGGAGAUCUUCUUCAACUAACAGAGCUGUGUUGCAAAAGGAGGAGGUUUCGAAAGCUGCUGAGCUUUACUUAAGAAAGCUUACAAUAACCCUUGAAGCUCUCGAUCUCGCUAAGCCACAAGGGACUGAGGUGCUCUUAUCAGCGCUGUUUAAUGCUCUCGCAGAUUUGGAGACGCUAGACCAAGACGGUGGUCUGCCUGUUCUUUACGCCCAGGAGACUCUUUCAUCAUGUAUGAUCUCCACCAUAAGUUCCAUGGAAACUGAAUCGAAAUCGAAACUACAUCUUGUUCGGGCUGAUAUUAUUGUAUCAGCCAUCACUUCUUCGCAAUCUCCUCAAGUUCAGAAUAAGCUACUACUUGUUAUAGGAGAACUGGCGAAGCUUUGUCCAGAAACUGUUUUGCAUUCUGUCAUGCCUAUUUUCAUAUUUAUGGGAACGAAAACAAUUCGCCAGGAUGAUGAGUAUUCGAGUUUCGUUGUUGAGAAAACCAUACAGAGAGUGAUCCCUGCUUUACUCCAAUCCAAACCUUCAGAAGUAAAUGAAGAAGUUGAAUUCCUCUUGACAAGUUUUGCCACUGCCUUCACUCAUGUUCCAAAACACAGGCGUGUCAAGCUUUUUACUACGCUCACACGCACUCUGGGCCCUGAGACAUCAAUUGGACCAUUCAUGUUCCUCAUUUCUCAGCAGUACUCAUCACUUGUUAACAAGUUCAAAAUCGCAGAAAGCAAGAGCUUUCUAGAGUUUAUGAAGGUGUUUUUGGGGAAGUUUAAUGUACUGGAACAGAUAACAGGUUUGAACAAGCAUUUUGAGCUAGUGAGCUCUAUCUCAGAAAACUACACUGAUGAACAGAAGGCGAAGCUCCUGACCAGUGCGUUGUUCUCAAAUGGUGUGCUAAAUUUCUCAAGUUCUGAAAGCCUCACUUUCAAGAAGAACGCUUUAGAGUUCUUGGACAAGAUUGUUGGGGGAGAUGAAGUUGAUUAUCAAUCUUCAGUCAGUCUGAAGUUGAAAAUGGUUGGCGCGCUUUGGGACAGCAACCUCGACAAAACCUUUUCUGAGAAGGUCAAAGAAAAUUUUGGCAAUAUGUUGAAGAAGGUAUUGGAGUCAUUAGACGCAUCCAGUGCUGCUGGUGCAUUGAGCUUCGAAGGCGGAGAAUCUCCAUCGGCAGUCGAGCUUAUGGAUUUGCAUCAAAGUGUUAGAAAAACUCUUUUCCAACUUCUAGGCCACACGUUGGAUCUUCUUCCUAUCAAGGAGUUUGUUGGAGCAACCCUUCCUUUAAUUUCGCAAGAUGGCUCAGAGGCAAUCAAUCAUCACCUCAUCUUGAUUUUGACCUCUAAAUUUGACCUGGAGCCUAUCGAGAGGGCCAACUUUGCAGAUGAAGUUAUUGAAACGCUGUUUGCCAUUAUCAAAAAACAAAACCAGGCUGAUAGCAUUGUUCAAGUUUCACUAAAUGCUUUAAGUUCCCUGAUAGCCAAAUUUGGAGAGAAUUUGAAGUCCAGCCUGAUCACCGAAUGCAUGAGUGUUUCGUGCAACCUAUUGCUCUCUGAGAAAACUGAGAUAGAGAUCUCUUCUUUGGCUGUACUCACUAGUGCAGUACAGGUGCUGGGUAUCAAAUCGAUUGCAUUCUACCCAAGAAUAGUGGGCCCAUCAAUAAAGAUUUUCAAGGCACUUGAGAACAGUGAAGUCGAGAUCAAGGAACAGCUACAAUUGUCGGUUGUGCUGGUUUUCGCUUCGAUGAUCAAGCGUAUUCCAGCUUUCUUGAUUUCAAACUUGGUUGAAGUGCUGAACAUUGUGUUUUUCGCCGAUCAAGUUCAAGAUUCCGUGCGUUUAUCUGUUAUUUCUUUGAUAACUGAGCAUAUGGAUUUGAAAGAGGUCUUAAGAGCUUUGAACAAAGUGUGGUUGUCUGACGUGAGCAAAACACAUGAUUCUGUGGCAAUCUCAUUGUUUUUGGCUAGUCUUGAAUCUUUGGUUGAAGCUCUCGACAAAAAGACAGCCACCGCCGAAUCGCCCAUCUUUUUCAGACUGCUGUUGUCGCUGUUCGAAUACAGAUCGACAAGCGAGUUUGACCAUAACACCAUCAGCCGAAUCGAAGCUUCCGUGCAUGGCAUUGCUAACGCAUAUGUUUUGAAGCUCAAUGAUAAGGUAUUCAGGCCGUUAUUUGCUCUAACUGUUAGAUGGGCUUUCGAUGGCGAAGGUGUUGUAAGCACUGGUAUUACCAGAAACGAGAGGUUGAUUGCCUUCUUCAAGUUUUUCAACAGACUCCAAGAGAACUUGAGAGCUAUCGUUACCUCAUACUUCACUUACUUGUUAGACCCUACCGUCGACCUUUUGAUGUCUUUCAGUGAAGCAAAAACUACUGAGCCCAACCUGCGUAGACUCGUUCUAAACUCGCUAACUUCCAGUUUCAAAUUUGACAGAGAUGAAUACUGGAAGUCUACAUCGAGAUUCGAGGUUGUCUCUGAGGCAUUGGUUGCCCAAUUAUCUAACAUCGAAGACUCAGUUGGUAGAUACCUUGUCAAGGCAACCAGUUCUUUGGCAGUAAACAAUGCCGGCGCCGAGGAACACAACAAAUCCAUGAACACUAUGUUGAUUUCCCACAUGAAAUCAUCAUGUUCUAGCUCCGAAAAACUAUGGGCGGUGCGGAUAGUUAAAACUAUCUACUCCAAGGUCGGCGAGGGCUGGCUCGUCUUUUUGCCUCAGCUUGUACCAAUCAUUGCCGAGCUUCUCGAGGACGAAGAUGAAGAUGUGGAGUCUGAAGUUCGCACCGGUCUGGUUAAAGUUGUUGAAAACGUUCUGGGCGAACCAUUUGAUAGAUACCUUGAUUGA